AAAUUCUACGCUAGUUUAGUAUUUCGACUUCAUUCUUGAGAACCGAAUCUUAAUGGAUUCUUGUUGUACUAGAAACACUUAAACAAACGUCAAGCUCUUAUAUUGUUUGUUAACAUCAAAAUAUGAGGCUUAGCAAACCAAGGCUAACAAUCUCCCCCUUUUUGAUGUUGACAAACAAUAUACUUCAAAAGAGACUUAGGGUGAAGCUUUUUUUUUUUUAUCACUGCUGCUGUGCUUGCAUUCAUCUUCAUCAACCGACACUAUUGUACAAUUCCAUGAGUUAUCGAAGGGAUCAUCGAGUCAUACGAUCUGCUCUUUUUGAUAACUAUGAUAGUAUUGAGGAAGGUGGUGUCAGGGCUUCACGUUCUUACUCACGUGACAUUGAUGAACAUGAUAAUGAUAAAGCUGUGGACAACUUACAUGAUAGAGUCAGCUUUUUAAAGAAGUUAACAGGUGACAUACACGAGGAAGUGGAAAGUCAUAAUCGAAUCCUAGACAAAAUGGGGAAUGAGAUGGAUUCAUCAAGAGGAAUCAUGUCAAGGACCAUGGACCGCUUCAAGAUUGUGUUUGAUAAGAAAGCUCACCGGAAAACAUGCAAGCUUGCUGGGUGGUUUGUGCUUUCCUUCUUAUUGAUAUACUAUGUUUUUAGGUAUCUCAUGUAUUUCAUGCACAUUUGAAAGUAUUGGUAGCCAACCUGCUAUAUGUCUUGCUAUAUGUCUGAGUUCAAAUGUGGCAUAUGAAGGUAGUAGGAGCACAACAUGGCGCUCAGUUGGCCAUUUCAACCACAUGAGAAGUUUGGACAUGCUAUUUAUACCCCGUAUGAUUUUUACCUCUUCUAAGAUCAUAAGAUCAUCUAAAAACUGAAAUCUAAAAAAUGCAGUGCAAACCCAAAAUGCAGGAAUUCAUUUUUAACCCAUUACUCUAAAUUCCAUCUCAAAUCACAAUAUUUUUUCUUUUUUCAAUUUGUUUUAUUGGUCGAAAAUAUUAAAAAAAUAAAAAGAUAAAUAAAUGAAUACAUAUAAAAUAAAAUAAAACUAUGGUACAAAG